UAAUCUCUAGUUUUCUUCUGCUUGUCAUCGAACUCGUCUCUCUUUCAACCUCUUCGUCUUCCUCCACCAUUCAUCAAUGGAGUUCGACCUCGAAAACCCAUUCACUAAAGACCUUCAACACUCCCUUUUCGCCAUGGAAUCCGAUCACCUGCCGUUGUCCAACUCAGAUCUUGACUCCGAUCAUGAUAUCCGUCGACAAAUCAUCUCCUUCAUCUCCAGUUUCUCCCAGAAACUCCAUCAUCCAUUCGUCUCCUACCUUGCCAUCAAUUACCUCCAUCGUUUCCUUGCCUCCCACUCCAUUCCGGGUGAGAAGCCAUGGAUCUUGAAGCUAGUUGCAGUUUCUUGUGUUUCGUUAGCGUUCAAGAUGAUAGGAGCAGAUUCUGGACUAUCUGACGUUCAGAAAGAUGGUGAAUUGAUGUUUGAUUUUCGGAUGGUGGAGAGGAUGGAGUUUCUGGUACUUGGUGCUCUACAAUGGCGAAUGCGCUCGAUUACUCCUUUUGCUUUCAUCAGAUUCUUCGUUUCUUUCUUCAAGCUCAAAGCGACAUCCCUCCAUUCCGAUGACGCUGAUCAUCAUCAUCAUCAAGUUCUUAAAGAUAGAGCCACAGAAAUCAUCUACAAAGCUCAGAUUGAAUCAAAGCUGUUAGAGUUCAAGCCAUCAAUUGUUGCAGCUUCUGCUCUCCUAUGUGCUUCUCAUGAACUCUACCCAUUACAAUUCCCAUUCUUUAAGAACUCAAUUUCAAGUUGUUCGUACGUAAACGAGGAUGAUUUCUCAAAGUGUUACAGUGAGAUUCAAGAGCUUGUGUUGGAUGGUUAUGAAUCAAUGCUGAGCUGCAAAACCCCCAUUAAUGUUCUCGAUUUGGACUACUCAAGCUCAGAGGAUACUCACAACAAAACAGCUCCAUCUGCAGAAGAAAAGAAAGGAUUAAAGAGGUUGAAGAUAAGCACUUUUAGCAAAAGCCCUUUUCAGCUUUCUUAGUUCCAAUUUCUAGAGAGAGAAAGAGAGAGAGAGAUGCCAUUGGUUUCUUGGAGAGUGACACAAAGCUCAGUUUGGCUUAGCUGUGUGCAUAGAAGAAAGGAAAAAAGAAUGGGGAAUGGGAGGGAAAAAAAGUGGAAAAAUCUCUGUGCCAUUAAAGAAAAAAGGGAAAAGAGAAGAAGAGUGAGAGAGAAUUAGGAUAAUAAAUAAAAACAAAAAGAACAUAAAUUGCUUUUUUUUUUUUAAUUUUGUUUAUGUUGACAAUACAAAAAAUCCUUUACCUUCUUU